CGUGAGCUGGCGGAUGGCAACGGCGGUGGUUCGUCGGGUUCUUGACCGUUGGAGGGGAGGCGGCGUGGUGGUUGCGUGCCGCGGCAGGUUUUUCUCAACGGCCGCUGAAGGAGUAUCAAGCACUGAAGGACCAGGGGAGGAGGCCGCCCUGCCGCCCCCCGAAAACAGGGUAAUGGAGACUUCAGGUUUUUCCCCUCCUGCACAUUCUUGCCACGAUUGGAUUGGACCUCCUGAUCAGUAUUCAAACCUCCGCCCAGUAAUAUUUCAUAUUCCUAAACAUGAAUCUCCAUUGGAACGCCGGCUUAGAGAACUUAGACAAGAAACUCAAGCUUGGAAUCAGCAAUUCUGGACAAACCAGAAUAUAUUGUUUAAAAAGGAAAAGGAAGAGUUUGUUCACUCCCGAUUGAAAACCAAGGGUCUGGAACUGAGAGAUGAACAAGGACAGAAAGCAAUGCUGGAUGCUGAAGAAAUGGCUGAAUUUUACAAAGUUUUUUUAAGUAAAAACUUUAAAAAGCAUCAACAUUAUAACAGGGACUGGUACAAACGGAAUUUUACCAUCACAUUCAUCAUGGGCCAAGUGGCAUUUGAGAGAGCAUGGAGGAAACUUCGGUUGAAAAAGAGAAAAACCGAGAGCUAGUACAUUGCAACACCGGGUACAUUUGGUAGAUAGUUUUACUAUCACAUAGAAAGUAAAUUGCCGUGGUGGCUGUUCUUGGAUCUUGGCACAGCUUCAAAUAUGAAUGAAGGUUGAAUUAGAUCUUCCUCUGCUACUAUUUAUAGCACGUAAUAUCCCGUUAGUUGAAAGCUAGAGUGCUAACCUCAGAACUAUGCCCUUAUCGAUAGAAAAAAAGGCUAAUGGCUUAUUUCUGGUUCGCAAAUCAGUUUUCAUGCCUUCCUUGUCCAUGAGCUGGCUGUUGCAUUCCACAGAGGUGAAAAUGUGUCAACCCCCGGUGCUUAAAAUCUGGUUUCCUAACACGUUCUAAGUACAUUGACUUCAGUCGGUACGUUUGAAGAGGUGUAACUCUGAUUAGGACACCUCCGCUGCUAAGAAGGAGGAGAUUGUAAAUAUGAACAGAGUUAUAAGAACACCUUCAAACACCAGUUCAUUUUGUUGAUUUUUCUUGAUCACUCCUCAGUUACAGUCGUCUUCAUCCUGCAUUCCUCAAGAAACAAAGAGCUGACAAGUUUGGUUUUAUCAUAGAGGGGUUUCUGGGUAUUAAUGGUCUUCUCACCUUGUUUAAUAAUUGUCUGGUCUAAAUGAACAUUGCGUGUUCAGCCAGAAAUGUUAUUGCAUACCAGUUAGGGUGGGUGUAGACACAAGUGGAGAUGUUCUUAUUGUUAAACAGCAGACUGCAAGUAUUGCUCUUUGCAGUUCAUGAAAAUAACAGUAGCCAUUUGCAGCUAUCUAGGCGUCUAGAUUGUCAGAUGUGGUUGUGUCCCUUUCCUGACUUUUCAAGGAAGCCAGCACAGUGUUCUUCUGCCAUUACCAAAGUCAUAACAUGAUAAUCCGUUGAUUCCAUGUAUUCAAUUCUUCAGUGUAUAACCCUGAAGGAAGACUCGCUCCCUCUCUCUCUAUACAAUCAUCAUCAAGAUAAGUCUUUUCUAGAGUACGUUUCUAUGCACUCAGGCUGUUUGCUGCUUCAAAAAGUGUUGAAAGGAACAAUUUAAUAAUUCUGAUAUUUGAAUGAAUUCAUGUCAAGUUAUAUUAUGUUCUAAAGGACAGAGGUAGCUGACUCGGUAUUUUACCAGAAGGCUGUGAUGGUAAGUGUGCUAGUCUUCUUUCAGAAGGGCAUAGACUAGUUCUGUGUGCUGCUUGUAAUAAAAGGCGAUUGAAGAUGUGUAUGAUGACAUGACUUUACUAGAAAAUGUCCCUGUCUUCCCUCUAGGCAAAAUCCUGUUAUGAUUCUGCACUCACUCUAUUUUUGGUAGAACUGGUGCCAUCAAAUGUGUUCUUUAUUGAGAUGUAUUAUUCAGGAGGAUGGGAUUUGUGUUGCAAACCCCCCCAUUAUUUUUUCAAUAAUAGAUCAUUAUUUUGACACAACCGAUCCAUUAAUAAUAAUGAAAGUAUUGCCUUUUCAUAAUGUUCAGUUAUCACGUAGCAAUUAUAAAAACAAUGUACAAUGAUGAAAAUGUGAGGUGACUUCAGAAGGAAUUUCUGCUUUG